UUUAAAGCCUCAAAGCAAUGGAAUUUCCAUAUACCAAAGGAAAAAAAUAGAAGAAGAAAUAUACAAAACUGCAAUGGUUUCUCGAGAGCACAAGAGAGAUGCUGCUCUUCACGAUAAGCUGCAGAUUCUCCGUUCCAUCACUCACUCUCAUGCUAUGAAUGAUACAUCAAUCGUUCUUGAUGCAUCAAACUACAUCAAAGAGUUGAAACACAAAGUGGAAAUAUUGAAUGAAGAAAUAUCAACCUCAGAGAGUUCAACCCCUAGAGUUUCUGUUGAAACCCUAGAAAAGGGUUUCCUAGUAAAAGUGCAUUCGGGAAGAAGCUGCCCGGGGCUGCUCGUAUUGAUACUCGCUACGUUCGAAGAGCUCGGUCUUAAUGUGCUUGAAGCUAGGGUUUCCUGUGCAGACAGCUUUCAUUUACAAGCUCUAGGAGGAGAAAAUGAGGAAGAUGAGGAGAGCAUGGAUGCACAGAUGGUGAAACGAACAAUAACAAACACCAUCAAGAAUUGGAGUGAAAGCAUUGGGUAAUGAAGAAAUAUGUUUAAGUUGAUUAUGAUGGUCCAUAUAUAUUUAUAAAUAUCUAUAUUUUCCAAUUUGGUGUCAAAAACAAAUCACCAGAUUUAUCUAUUGUGGGUGGAUUGGGAAGUUAACUUUUGUGAAUGUGGGGUGUGAAAAUGCAAGUGAUCAAAGAUCACUUGUAAUUUUGAUGCAAAUUAUUAAUUAAUUAAUGGAAAUUCCCUAGCAAUUUCGAGAGAGAA